AUGAGAGCUGUAAUUUUGCUAUCUGAGAAGUUAAGCACCGUCAUCAAGCAAGCACCCUUAUGGAAUGAAUUCACUUGCUGGAAGAAAUUCGUCGAGUGUCAUGGAUUUUCUUUCCACUCCGAUACCUCCCAUAGCAAUAAGUUUAGCUACAAUUAUGAUCAGUCCCAUGCUAGAAGAUUGGGGUACUGA